UUUUUUUUUUUUCAGGCAAUGCUAAAACAAUUCGUAAUGACAAUAGUUCCCGAUUUGGAAAAUUUAUGCAAGUCUGCUUCAAUGAAAAACACACGAUUGAAGGUUGCGUAAUACAAGAUUAUUUACUAGAGCAAUCACGGAUAACAUUUCAAGGACCAGGAGAACGAAAUUAUCACGUCAUGUAUCAAUUAGUAGCGCAAGGACAAAAAAACAAGGAAAUGCAAGAAAAUUUUUGCCUAAGACCUCCAGAAUUUUACAGAUAUUUGAAUACUUUUGAAGAUAUUUCAGUGGACAUAAACUUAGAAUCAAGGAAAUUCAAUGAAUUAACAAUGGCACUUACUGUACUGCAAAUUUCGCAGUCAGAUAUAGACUGUAUCUUUAAAGUUUUAAGCUCUAUAUUAUGGUUGGGUAAUAUCGAAUUUAUGGAUGUAGACGGUGAACGAUGCGAGUUUUCGAAAAGUGAUAAAGAAAUUGUUGUCAUAUUAUCUAAAAUGUUGGGUCUCAGCACUGAUGAGCUUAAAAUGGUCUUAUUGCUACGCCAGAUAAACGUUCGGGGAAACAUAACGGAAAUUCCAUUAAAGCUCCAUGAAGCUAGAGAAAAUCGACAUGCGAUGGCUAGAGCCUUAUACUCGAAAACUUUUGCCUGGCUUGUAAAUAAAAUAAACAUAUGCACAAGUCCUGGAAUGGACUUUAAUCAAUUUCUAGGAGUACUCGAUAUUUUUGGAUUCGAGAAUUUUACAAGGAAUUCAUUCGAACAACUUUGUAUUAAUUAUACGAACGAAAAAUUACACAAAUUCUUUAAUCAUUACGUCUUUGCGUUGGAACUUUCUAUAUAUAAGCAAGAAGAUAUCAAUUAUACACACGUUGAGUUUAAAGAUAACUCAUUAUGCUUGGAGCUUAUAGAAAAACCUCCUCGGUGCAUAUUUAAACUUCUUACUGAACAAUGUCACAUGCCCAAGGGAUCGGACUCAGCGUAUUUGAAUAACCUGCAUUCGGAAUUCGAAUACAAUCCUAUGUACAUAAAGGGCUUGGAUCGUCGUCAUUGGGAAACAGAGUUUGGUAUUAGACACUACGCAGGAAAGGUCAUUUAUUCAGUUGAAGGAUUUGUUGAUAAAAAUCGAGAUAUGCAACAAGAUGUUCUUUUUGAUUAUAUGAGUCGCAGUAAACACUCAUUUCUUUGCGAUCUUGCUAAAAGCCAGGUAUAUUCGAUGUAUAAAACCAAAUUCUCUUAAACAAGCGAACAUAUACAAUGAUUCCUUAGUUCUCGAUCAAUUGAGGUACCUUGGAAUCUUAGAUAUAAUUCGAAUAAGACGGGAAGGCU